CUCAGAGAAAUUUCAGCAAAAUCAUUGAGAGAAAUGGAGCAAACGAAACCCUAAUCGAAAGAGUAAGAAGGAAAAUCGAUGAUUGUCAAGUGUUUUUUCCGUUGGUUUUGUGGAUUUUGAUCAAUCAAUCGAAGGUUAGAUGUAUCGUUUUUGCUAAUUUAUGGUUUUUCAGAGGUUUAAUUGAAGAAAAAACGAGGAAAUUCGAUCGUCAUUGGUGUUUAUUGGAUGAUGAUUAGAUAGGGAUUUUGAUUUGAUUGUUGAUACGAGGAUAUAUUGUUAUAUAGGUGUAGGGACUGUUAAAUUAACGUAGAGAUAUAUAUUAGGAGGUUGGUGGUUGUUUUUGUCAUGCGAUUUUCGCGGAUAGCGUCGGUUGAGAGGAGUAGGACGGAUACGAAAUUGGUGUAUUCUAGGGCUAGGAAGAAACAUAAAAGACUAGAUGAAGUUUGUGAAGAAACGUAUAAUCAGAAUCAUAAUGGUGUUGAUAAAGUUGAAACGAGUGAGUGGAAUGGUGAGGAGAGUGAGGUUGAGCUACGGAGGAGCUCUAGGGUUAGAAAAACUCCUGUUGUGCUUGAUGCAUCGCCUCCUCCUGCGAGGAAGCGUCAGAAGAUUGAUAGGAGUGGGGUGAGAAGUGGUAGCAGGUUGGAGAAAGGAGAUGUGGUGAAGGUGGAGUCACCUUGUUCAACCUCCAACCAUUUGGAAGAAGGCACUAGUUCUUGGGGAUUGAGAUUGAGAGCUAGGAGUAAGAGAACGACUAAUAGAGUGAGGAAUAGUGUGGAUUCGUCUCCGGUGGGUAAAAGGAAGAUUUUUCAGGAUGUUGACGAGCUGAAGGAAGAAACAGAGUUAGAGGUUGGAGAGUUGGAUAAAGAAGAAGAUAGUGAAUGUGAAAAGUCAACUAUAGUUAAGUCGAAGAGACCUGGAAGAAUAAAAGCUUCAAAUGUAAUGGUUACUGAGCAGCAAGAAACUGGUACAGGUGGUGGUGUGGAGGAUGGUAAGAUGGUAGACCAGGAAGAGCUGCUACAUGUGAGGGAUGAAACAUAUGACGGCAUUUCAACAACUAGAUUUAAGGAGGGGGUUGAGGAUGGCAAUGUGGCAUUGCCGUUAGAUAACGAAGACAAGGCUCAGUUAGAGACUUGUGUAGAGCCAGAAGAAUGCCACGCGACUGACCAGGUGAGUAUGCUGGAACAGGAUUUGCAAAGAAGAAAUGAAGUGAGUGUUGGGGUGAUUGACCAAAAGGAUGGUGUGGAAGGUGGUUUACUUCCUAAUGAUGAAAAAGAUGGAGGCACAGAGAAGCAAGCUGAAGAUGAAGUUGACAGAGUUGAUUAUGCCCAGGAAAAAGAUGGAGGCACAGAGGAACAAGCUGAAGAUGAAGUUGACAGAGUUGAUUAUGCCCAGGAAAAAGAUGAAGGUGUUUUUAGUGAUAAAGCUCUGGAAAUGGAGAAGGUGGUCAAGAAAGAAUGUGCUUCUGAUAGUACUUUGAGAAAGCGGCGAAUAAGAGAGGGAAGACAUUGUGGUUUGUGUGGAGGAGGUACUGAUGGUAAACCUCCAAAAAAGCUAGUUUAUGGGGCUGCCAGUGAUGAUGAAGCACACAGUGGGUCCUCUGCUUCUGAUGAACCUAACUAUGACAUGUGGGAUGGAUUUGGUGAUGAACCUGGCUGGCUUGGGCGCCUCUUGGGGCCCAUAAAUGAUCGGUAUGGUAUAGCUGGGAUUUGGGUACAUCAGCAAUGUGCUGUAUGGAGUCCAGAGGUUUAUUUUGCUGGCUUGGGAUGCUUGAAAAAUGUUAGAGCAGCGCUCUGCAGGGGAAGGGUCUUAAAAUGCAGCCGCUGUGGAAGGCCCGGGGCAACAAUUGGUUGCCGUGUUGAUAGAUGUCCCAAAACUUAUCACCUGCCUUGUGCACGGGCAAAUGGCUGCAUCUUUGACCAUCGUAAAUUUCUCAUUGCCUGUACAGAUCACCGACAUCUCUUCCAACCAUAUGGAAGUAAUUAUUUGCAACGUAUAAAGAAAUUGAAAGCUAGAAAAAUGAAGUUUGAGCUGAGAAAGUUGUCAAAUGAUGCAUUGCGCAAGGAUGUUGAUGCAGAGGAAAAAUGGUUAGAGAACUGUGGAGAGGAUGAGGAGUUUUUGAAACGUGAAAGCAAGAGACUUCAUCGAGAUCUAUUGAGAAUCGCGCCUGUAUAUAUUGGAGGCUCAAACUCCGAUGCUGGUGUACAGUUUCAGGGUUGGGACUCUGUUGCCGGGCUCCAAGAUGUCAUCCAAUGUAUGAAAGAGGUUGUCAUCUUACCACUUUUGUAUCCUGAGCUCUUUAGUUCUCUGGGGCUUACACCUCCUAGAGGAGUUCUUUUGCACGGAUAUCCUGGGACAGGUAAAACUUUGAUAGUACGGGCACUGAUUGGUUCAUGUGCACGCGGUGACAAACGAAUAGCAUAUUUUGCCCGUAAAGGGGCAGAUUGUUUGGGAAAGUAUGUCGGAGAUGCUGAACGUCAGUUAAGACUUCUUUUUCAGGUAGCUGAGAAAUCUCAACCUUCUGUCAUUUUCUUCGAUGAAAUAGAUGGUUUGGCACCUUGCCGUGGUAGGCAGCAAGACCAGACACAUAGUUCAGUCGUGUCCACUUUGCUUGCUCUAAUGGAUGGUUUAAAACCUAGAGGUUCAGUUGUUGUAAUAGGUGCGACAAAUCGUCCGGAUGCUGUUGAUCCCGCAUUAAGGCGUCCGGGUAGGUUUGAUCGUGAGAUUUAUUUUCCACUUCCAUCUGUUAAGGACAGAGAAUCUAUUCUUUCAUUGCAUACAAAGAAAUGGCCUAAGCCAGUGUCUGGACCAGUACUCAAGUGGAUAGCUAGCAAGACAGUGGGCUUUGCUGGUGCUGAUUUGCAGGCUCUGUGUACUCAGGCAGCCAUAAUUGCUCUAAAAAGGAGCUUUCCCUUGCAUAAGCGACUCUCUGCAGUCGUGAAGGUGCCCAAUGCUGCAUGUCCCCCUCUUCCCAAUUUUAAGGUGGAGGAGAGGGAUUGGGUAGAGGCUCUUACAUGUGCACCACCUCCAUGUUCACGUAGAGAAGCUGGAAUGGCUGCAAACGAUGUGGUUUCAGCACCUCUACACACCUUUCUUGUUCCAUGUCUGCUGCAACCCCUUAGUAGAUUGAUUGUAUCCCUUUAUCUGGACGAACGCCUCUGGUUGCCGCCUCUACUCUUCAAAGCUGCUGAAUUUGUAAAAGAUGUUGUUCUUUCUGCAAUGGUUGAGAAGAAAUUACCAAGCAAUAAUUGGCAGUCCUAUGUUAAUGAUUUGCUUCAAGAGCCAGAUGUUAUCAGUCAGAUUGAGAAUCACUUUGUACGUGCCAACAUUCUGGAUGGAGAUGCUAAUAUUGGUGGUUUUGAUGCUGUUGAUGAUGGCAAUGUUCAUGGUCUCUCUAAUUCUCAACCAUCAAAAUUGCAGUGGGCAGGGGCUCGGCCUAAAUUGUUGAAGAAUAUCUUUCAUAUGGCCGGAAAGAAAUCGGGAUUUAGAAUACUAAUUUCUGGAAACCCAAGAUCUGGCCAAAGGCAUCUUGCUUCCUCUCUUCUUCAUUGUUUUGUUGGUAAUGUCGAUGUCCAGAAGGUGGAUUUGGCUACUAUUUCUCAAGAAGGACAUGGAGAUGUCAUUCAGGGGUUGACGCAGAUACUGAUGAGAUGUGCUAGUGUGGAGAAGUGCAUGAUAUUUAUGCCAAGAGUUGAUUUAUGGGCCAUGGAGACAUCUGACCUAGUCUGUCCAGAGGAUGGUUGCUCUUUAUUAAACCCUGAAUCAUUAGGCAAGGACGAGGAAAGGAGCUUUAACCAUAGUGCUGACCAGGCUGGAGAUGCUCUCAAAAGAGCCUCCUAUCUGUGGAGCUCCUUUGUUGAGCAAGUGGAAAGUAUAUGCAUGGCCACAUCCGUGAUGCUUCUGGCUACAUCUGAUGUACCAUUGGAAGCACUCCCUGUUAGAGUGAGGCAGUUCUUUAAAAGUCAGCCAUUGAACAGCAGUAUCCCGUUUCCCUUGGAAGAUUCAGUUUCUAGAUUUUCUGAGCAGCUUGAUAGAAAUUUUGAUCAAGAAUGUCUGAUUGAUUCCUCAGCCGCGAAGUUGUCAAAAGAUAUAGCUCAGCACUUCAUUCAGCUGAUUCAUCGUACAAACCAUGUCCACUUGCAGACAUGCAAUGAUGAAGCUAGUGAUAAAUCUGAGGGCGAUGCUGCCAUAGAAUGUCAGAGGUCAGAUCUUAGAUCAACCAUUGAGCCUGUGAAUAAACAAUGUCCACUUCCUACUUCUGCAAUAGCCAACAGUAGAAAUGUAAAAGGGAAAUCAAACUUGAUGUUAGCAAUUACCACAUUUGGCUAUCAAAUUCUGCGAUAUCCUCAUUUUGCUGAACUUUGCUGGUUUACAUCCAAGUUAAGAGAAGGUCCUUGUGUUGACAUAAAUGGACCUUGGAAGGGUUGGCCGUUCAAUUCUUGUGUCAUUCGUCCUAUUAUCUCAACGGGAAAUGUUACCCUUCCACCCAACAAUAAUAAAGGCAAAGAGAAAUACUGUAUGGUGCGAGGCCUGAUAGCUAUUGGAUUGUUGGCAUACAGAGGCAAAUACUCAUCCGUCAGAGAAGUUUCUGCAGAGGUUCGAAAAGUUCUUGAGCUUCUGGUUGAACAGAUCAAUGAUAAAAUUCGGAAUGGGAGGGAUAGGUAUCAAUUUGUUCGUCUUUUAUCCCAAGUUGCUUAUCUCGAUGACAUGGUUAAUAGCUGGGUUUAUUCGUUGCAGAGUUUAGGGGGAGACUCUCAACUUGCAGAGGCAAACCCAAAGAUUGGUUGUGCUGGACUUCCAGAAAGCGCUGAUGCUCCUGAGAAUACACCUCUGAGGGAGGGAGGUUGCGAGCUAGAAGAACCCCUUGACAAAGCAGAGACAUUAGAAACAUGUCGUCCAGAAUUAACUGCUGAAAAUUGUACGCCUGCUAAUCCAGAAGCAAAUGGUGUUUCUAAUUUUCCAGAUAUCGGAGCUGUAGAACACGAGCCUCUCCACUUGGUGGCUGUAAACCAUUCUGCUCCUUCUAGGCAAGUUACUUGUUCUGUACACAGUGUUCUUAAUGAUAAUUCAUGCAUGCCAGAUGAUACUGACAAACAUUUAGGAAAUAUUGGAGAUAGUGUAUUAAAGAGACAAUCUAAUGGGCUCAUGGAGUUAAACAUUGAUGAUGUUCAAGAGGAUGGUAAUAAUCAUUCCAGGGACGGGUGUGGCAUUGAUGAGCAUUCUAAUUAUACUUUGAGUUCCAACUCAAAUGGCAGAUUGUCCACUCUGAACAACCUUGAAAUUGGAGAUAGCAACCAAAAGUCUGUUGGCAAUAACAUAGGUCUUGAAUGUUCAAAUAUAUCUUCCAAUCUUUCUACUGAUUCUAGCAUAGUGUGUUUAUAUCGGUGCUGUCCUCAGUGCCUGCUGAACCUUCAGCGCAUCUUGAAAAAAAUGCUUUCCUACGAGUGGGGACUUAAAAAGGCCGAGUUUAUAGUAGAGGAUGCUUAUGACUUUCUGGCCUCGUUAGCUGCAAAUCUUCAUUCGGCUUUGAGGGUAUGGUUGCUGGCUGAUGAUUCAACUUCGUUUUAUGAGAAACGAAUACAAGUAAGGUACAGUGAAUCCUUUGAAUGCAAGCAAACUAACUUGUGUGAAUGUAGAAACUUAGAGAACAAGUUAAUCAAGCUGAUAGAAUGCAACUGCCAUUUGAAAAGCAGUGUCCAAACUGAGAAAUGCAAAUCUUCUCAGAAUUUGUCUCAGGAGUUUAUAUUUAGAGAUGGUGUACUGACCAAUUUAGAUGAGAAGGAUGUCUCUACUCAUUGUAAAUUUGAGACUUUAUGCCUUUGUUCUCUUGUAGAGUGGAUAGUAAUGAGAAAAAAAACCACUUGAUUUAUUGGCAUAUGCCGGAAAUUUUUUUAUGAACUGCAAUGUAAUAGUAUAAGUUGAACUCCAAGAUGUAAAAAAUCAAAAUUUUGGCUUUCUAUUUCA